AAGCCCCCGGUUUCUUUUAACGGACCGCCCGCGGUCACUCUGUUUGCUACCCGGUAAAAAAUGAGUUUUGCGCUGUAUUAAAUAGAAAAUAAACAUAAAAAUUCGCAAUUGCCGAACGCGUUGAGUGAUUAAAAGCGUUCGCCAGUGCGCGUUCAACCCAGCGAGCUCCCCAGGAAGGCGGGGGCAAGUGAAUUCGUUCCCAUCAUCGAUUUUUUCUGCGCUGCUGCUGCGGUGCUGCCACAUUAACACAGUUGAGCCCGGAGAAAAGCCAAACCAAAUAAAACAAACAGAUAUCGAAAUGUCGCGCCAUCCGAGCGAUAGGAAGGUGUACGUGGGCGAUCUGGGCAACAAUGCCCGCAAAAACGAUCUGGAAUAUGUGUUUGGGGCGUACGGCAGUCUGCGCAGCGUCUGGAUUGCCCGCAAUCCGCCGGGCUUUGCCUUCGUUGAGUUCGAGAGUGCCCGCGAUGCGGCGGAUGCUGUGCGCGGCCUGGACGGACGGACGGUCUGCGGACGCCGUGCCCGUGUGGAGUUGUCCACCGGGAAGUACGCCAGAUCAGGCGGCGGUGGUGGUGGAGGAGGAGGAAGCGGUGGCGGCGGAGGACUUGGUGGACGCGACCGUGGUGGUGGUGGCGGCGGCGGCGGUCGUGGCGACGAUAAGUGCUACGAGUGCGGCGGACGCGGCCAUUUCGCACGCCACUGCCGCGAAAGGAAAGCCAGGCAGCGACGCAGAAGCAACUCGUUCAGCAGAUCUCGCAGCACAUCCCGUCGCAGGCGCACUCGCUCCAAGUCCGGCACCCGAUCCCGCAGUCGCUCCGCCGGCUCGGUGGGACGCCGCUCCGGCCGCUCGAACGGACGGGACGAGAAUGGAUCGGCGUCGCGGUACAGCGACCAUGAGCGCAAUGGCAGUGGGGCGGUAGACUCCCCUCCUCCUCCAAAACGUCGCUAUGAGGAUGAGGACGAGGAUAGGGCCAGGGCAUCGCCGCGGUCACGUUCACGAUCUCGCUCGGCGUCGCCGGCGGUGCGCCGAGGAUCGCCGCCCAGGCGUCGCGGCGACUCGUCCGCCUCACGGUCCGUUUCCAGGGACUAGCGACACCGAACGGAUGCAGACACAGCCCGGCGUCCGAAGAUGAGGGCCUGAACUGCAACCCCUGAUGAAUCCGGCAAAGUGGGGGACACCAACCACACACUGGAAUCUUCCCCUCAUUCCCAAAACAAAAACAAAAAAGCAACAACCUCACAUGUAACAAGACAGAUUCCCAAAUACUUUUUCAUACAGUAUCCAUCUACGGUUUAGUUGUCCAGAACCAUAUUAGUUAAGGGUUUUAAUUUAUAGUGGAACUCAAGUUUGCAUAUUCUUAUGUUCCAACAGAACAACAAAAAAAAAACAGAAACAACAACAAGCACAUGCAGAUGCAGAACAAGUAAGAGCGCUUCGGAGAAUCAUUUGACGGAAAGAAAGAUAAGAUAUAGAAAUGGAUCGGCAGCAGCAGAUUAUCGAUCUAGUCAAGUUUGCUAUGUAAAUUGAUUUGCCUUGGAUUUUUUUUGCUAACCCUGGAAUUAUACUCGAAUGUGCAGGAGACGAUGCAUCGCUACCAUUUUCAUGUCAAUUCUACACAUUUUUCAAAUUACAUUACUCAAUACACUUGAUUAUUCGACUCCAAAACUCUGUAUGAUGUGUUUCAAUAUUCGUAAUAAUUAAGUCUUGCAGAAGUGCAUAAUAAUUAUUCAUACAUUGAUGUCGUAGUUAAGUAUUAAACAAAUACAUAUGUAUGGAUUCUUGA